CGUUCUUGUGUUUUGUUUUGGUGUGUUUUUUUCUCACGUCUCGCUCGCCCUCAGCAUUCCCUCAAUUUUUUUGAAAUUUAUUCAUUAUUCAUUCAUGUAAUUCGCAUUAAUGUCGGAUAAGAGCAGCGAUUUGAAUUGUUCAGGGCAAUGGAAAAGUGAUCUCAGUGAGUGAAGCGGACUCAUGUGCAGUUUUAUGUCGAAAUUAUGGUGGUGGAUAAUGCGGAUGUCGAAUGCCUGUUGCCCGAGAGUAAGAAGCAUGGUAAACCAGUGAACGAAAUCGUGAAGCACAUCAAUGGACCGAAUAUCAAAAUAUUCGCCGUUCUGCUCGUGUCAUCAUUCAUUUUGUACCAUGGACUCCUCCACACGAUAUACGGAAUGGAUUCCUGUACAUGGCUCUUUUCUGAUGGGAGAGUCCGAGGUGACAUGGGUUGGCAGCCGUAUGGAUGUAUGUUACACCAGUACACCAAAUUAGAUACCAACCGGUGUUUCAAGUACUUGGCCUUUUGGGGUCGAAUGAAUCACUUUGUCUUCAUGGGAGAUUCCAGACUUCGUGGCCUUUAUCAGGAGUUCGUCAAGCAGUUUCAGCCUUCCAUUCCAGGGACCUCUGACAUCAGUGAGAAACCAAUCCAUUCUGAUCUCAAUUUUGCUGAUGCUAGUUUGAAGCUUGUUGUAGAAUUUAUUUGGAGUCCCUUUGUCUCGAAACGAAUGACUCAACAUUUGAUGAGAUGGCAGAAUCAAGGUCCGAGCGUUAUUAUCAUGAACUCUGGAAGUUGGGCCAUAAAACAGUCGAACGGAUCUGUGGAAGUAGUCAAUGAAUAUGCAGCCAAUAUAUCUCGCCUUGUACAUUUAUUUGAUGGAUUGACCAAUCAGAAAACACGCGCAAUAUGGUUACUCCAAGAGCCAGUCAAUGAGGAAAAACUUUCUCCGGCUCGAAUGGCCAUAACCAAUAUGAUGAUCGAUCGUUACAAUGCUGCUGCCAUGGAGGUGUUGCAGCACAGUGCAGUGGAAGUAUGGUCCAGUUCUCGAUUAAUCGCUCAAGUUCAUAUGGAUGAAAUAAGUGAUGGCAUCCAUUUGGGUCCAAAAACUUUGUCAACAGAUGUGCAGUUACUACUGAAUGCAUAUUGCGAUGACCACAUGAAUUUCGACGAUGGAACAUGCUGCAGUAGCUCAGAGCCAUAUACCACUCUGCAAGUCAUGACCUUUUCAGCCCUUUUUGUCUGCUUUCUGAUUGGAUGUACUUUGGCAAUUAGACACACCAAAUAUGACUACAACUCAUCUGGAAUUUAUGUCAUCACUACGUCUUUAGCCAAGUUAGGUCUGAUAAUGGCCUACUUUUAUCUUUGUGAUCGAACUAACUUUUUUAUGAAAGAAAACAAAUAUUAUUCUCCUGUUAGUUUUUGGCUACCAAUUGCCUAUGUCCUUGCCCUGGGUCUCUUUUUUACGGAGGACAGUCGUUACACGAAAGUGCUCCACAAGGACCAAACAGAUGAAUGGAAAGGUUGGAUGCAGUUUGUCAUUUUAAUAUACCACUUUACAGGAGCAAGUAAAGUUCUUCCAAUUUACAAUCACAUUCGAGUAUUAGUCUCUGCUUACUUAUUUCUGACUGGUUAUGGACACUUUAUCUACUUCUGGCACCGAACUGAUGUCGGAGUCGUUCGAUUUUUUCAGGUCCUUUUCCGCAUGAACUUCAUGGCGGUGACGCUCUGCUUCUGCAUGAAUCGACCGUACCAAUUCUACUACUUCGUGCCUCUCGUGUCGUUCUGGUUCAGCAUGCUCUACCUGGUCCUCCUUACUCCACCCCGGGUGACCGCCAUGUCCUGCGAGGCCAACCCCCUCCACUACCUGUACCUCGCCAUCAAGAUCAUCGUCUUCUUCUCCCUCAUCGUCAUCUUGUACAUGUCGGAGGUUUUCUUUGAAAAAGUAUUUGUUACAAGACCUUGGAAAGCACUUUUUGUAACCACAGAUGAUGAUAUUCACGAAUGGUGGUUCAGAUGGAAACUUGACCGAUACAGCACGGCCUAUGGAGCUGUCUUUGCCCUUGCUCUCAUGGUGGCUCAAAGGUACAACUUAGUUGAUGACAACAACCACAGUAAUUUAUUUUCACCUCGAGUUGCCAUUUGCCUGGCCCUGACAGCGCUUGCCGGAAUUAUUGCGAAUACAAUUUUUACGCUCCUCUGCUCGAACAAACCUGAAUGCAAUGAAGUUCACUCAUACACUGUUUUUGUACCCAUCAUUAGCUACAUUGCACUACGGAAUUUGUCCGGGAUUUUGAGAACACGUUAUUCUAGUCUAUUUGCCUGGUUCGGGCGAAUAUCAUUGGAACUUUUCAUUGGACAGUACCACAUCUGGCUGGCAGCUGAUUCUUAUGGAGUCUUGGUGAUAAUUCCGAGAUAUCCUGUUCUUAAUGCUCUUGUUACCCUAUUCAUUUUCGUCUGUGCCUCACAUGAGAUUCACAAUAUUACCUUAAAGUUAUUACCAUUUGCUGUUCCGUAUGACUGGCGGCUAGCAGUGAGGAAUAUUUCAAUUUUCUUAUUCAUCCUUAUGCCUAUCGCAAUUUAUGAUGGUAUGUUUUAAGCUCCUCAAUGUGAACACUUAACAGGACAAAAAUAGACUUUUAGACAAGGAUCAAAGUUAAGCAUCAAACGGACUGAAUUUUGCAAUUCGCAACUACAAUGUCAGGCUCAUUUGCAAAAGCUUUUUCGUGCUUAAAGAAACUAAUGGUUUGUAAUGGUUUGUUGUCACUAAACUGAGCCAGAAAUUGUUGUUUCCAAUCGCAAAAUGCAGUCCAAAUCACAUUGCUUCUCAUCAAAAUUUCUCACAGGACUUACUGCACUGCCUUCUUGAAAAAUUCAAAUCACAAGUGAGAGAUCAGCAUUUUCCAUGUCCGUAAGGUCGAAAUUUCCGUUAGUCAAAAAACUGAAGUCUAUUUGAAGCACCUUUGUCACCCAACUAAUUACAAUGUGCUUUUCAAUAAAAUAAUUUUUUCGGAAUGCUAAAUUCUCAAAGGGCCACAUAGAGUAAUGAGCUGCACCUCCAUAUUUUCCUCCAGUAAAUGUUUCAUGGCAGUGGAAUCUCACUAAUCAUCAUUGGUGGAAGUUUCAAUAACACUGCAGCAAAUUUUUGAAAUGGUAGAGCAAUUUUCAUUUUUGGGAAAUAAUGUGCUUGGUCGUGAGGGAACUUUUGAAUUUCGCCCCUCUCUCUGUGCAAUGUAUUUUACUUAAGCUUAAGGUAAAGUUUUUUUUAAUGCUAUACCUUGUUCCUGUCUUUAAUCUCUUUCGGCAAGUAGGAAGUUUGCAUUGACUGCUUUUAAAUCUAAACAAAAACGCACUAAAUUACAAAUUUUAAAUCUGUGCAAUACGUUCUACAUGAAAUUUUGAUUAUGUAUCUUGUCCUGUUAUGCAGUGAUCUUUAUGCUUUCUGGCGGUUUAUUGAUCAUGCAACUUGUGGCAUCAUCAUUGACUGUAUUCUGUACUGACUUUUUUCAGUAUACUCAUACUUUAUUGUGUACUAUUUUCUGUGCAUCGAUAAAUGAUGCAGCGUCUGUGAUAAUGGAUUAGUUAUAUUUUUAUGUCUUUUGAUUCUAUUCAAUGAUGUUUUUUUUAGUAUGUCAUCGUUGAUCUAGCUAUUUUUUAUUCUCAUUCAGCGUCGCAGCUUUUUUUGCAACUGUGUGAAAUCAUUGUCCAAGCUUUUUUUAUAGUUAUUAGGAGAUUCAAUAGCUAAAGACUUUUGUACAGGUUACUGGAAAAUUUAUAGGGAUCAAUAAUGUAAUUUCAAAAUACUAAGUCUCAUAUCCCACCGUAGAAAAAAAUCAUCAUUGAUCACUUAAACUACCGAAAAACUGCUUCACUCCUCAGUAUGCUGCUCUCAGUGAAUAUGACAUGUUGGUUACUUUAAAGUAACCUUCUCAUUUACACAUACUAAUUCGGCGGAGGUGUUACAAAAUCUCUCUAUUAGUGAAAAACUUUUCGGCUAGCACAUGCUAAUUUCUUUUUCCCUGUUUUUAGGCUGCCAAUUAUAAUUGAAGUUUCCACACCUUUAAUAAUUUUUCUCUGUUUGAAAAAAAAACAUUUCAAAAAUUCCAUUAAAAGCCAAAUCUUCUUAUCCUUCUUAAGAUCAUCCUUAAUAAAUAAGGAAACCUUUCAAUUGCUUAAAAACUAAAAACCUCUCAGAAACAUCCUGUUUAUUUUGGACCAGUAAGUAAUUUUUGAUGGUCCUGCACUCCCAAAUAAUAUUUUAUAUUUUAGUACAAUUUCUAUCAUAAGCUGGAAAAACAAAUAAUACUUUAUCUUAAAAUUGAAUGCAUCUCUCUUUAGAUUCUAUGCUAUACAUCUUGGAUAAAAUUCCGACAAAAUUUUUUCAAGAGAAGGCUUUGAUUGCUUCAGCAUUCACAGAUACUUAUGCAUCAAGUUUGCCAAAGUUAAGGGGGAACAUCCGAAAUGAUUUCAAGAAAUUAUUGUUAAAUGCUCAACAUCAAUUAAUUACUUUACUGGCACAUUACCACUCUCUCAAACACGGGUCACUUUGAUUCUGAAAAGGGCUUUAAUUCUCCAGAAUCUUAAUGAAAUUUUGGUUGUUUCAUUUUCAUCUUGUUAGAAAAAAGUUAUUUACGGCUAACACGUAUCCUUCGAUCAGACAUUUUUUAUUUAAUUGUAAGAAAAAAUUGUUUGAUUUCAACAGCGGUUUGGCAUCUUUUGUGCAAUUUUUCUCGGCUUGUGUUUAAAAAAUUUGAAGAAAAUUUAGCCCAUUGUCAAUCAAAAUGAUUCCUUGCUGGUCAAAGGCAUGUGAUGUUUCUUUGAAGCUCUAUGUCCUAAUCAUAGAGUACAAUAGAGUCACAAAGUGCUGGAGCGCCAAUCAAGUCAAUACAUGAGUGGGCCAUUCUGAGCCAGCAAUGUGAAUCAAACGGCAAUGAUUAGCACAGCCUAUAAGUUAUGGAGAGUCGCGGGCCGCGAGUGGUCUGCAGUACUUAUCAUUUUAAAUAGACAAAUUAAAAAAUGUACAAAACUUCCGGUUUUUAUGAAAUUAAUUUUAUACCUAUCUUCUCUGAGUGAAACCUGAAGCUGGGACUUCUGCAUAUGACAUCGCCAGUCGCCACACUCUAGUCUCACAAUCAGGAGCAAUAGACGAAACAGACUCAAAAAGUGACUUCACCCGUGCCUCAGCACUUUGAGACUCCAUUGUACUUUAUGGUCCUAAUAGCUGAAGAACUUUCCAUCAAUAAAAGAGUAAAAUUCUUGAUUUAAAAUUGGAGGGCUCAGCGGAUGAGCAUGAGAUGUGAAGUUUUUGUUGUCACAGAAAAAUUAAGGAAUACAUUUCGUAAAAUAAAAUAAAUAAAUAAAAGUAAAUUCCUUAUCUACUCCCAAAUCCUUUAAACUAUUAAAAUAUAUAAAGAAAAUGCAGACAGAACUUAACAACUCACAAGGUAGAAA